AAUAUUAACAUCCCCAUGGGAGCAUUUAGACCUGGUGCAGGACAUCCUCAUAAAAGAAAAGAAGUAACACCUGAAGAAGCGGAGGAGAGUGUUCCUGCUACAGAAGAGGAGAAAGACAAGAAGCAUCUCCCCGGAGCUAGGAAACUUCCAGGUCCUGCUGUCAACUUAUCAGAGAUUCAGAACAUAAAGAGUGAGCUGAAAUUUGUCCCAAAAGCUGAGCAAUAGUUGGAAAAAGGAGGUCUGACAAGAAAUCAGACGGAUUCCAUGAAUGGAUAUCAACUGAAGUAUUUUAUAUAUUUGUAUGAAGACUGAACUUCCAAAUUUGGCAACACCUCAUGGGAAGCAACUUCUUUGUACAUUUAUAUCAACACCUUCUUCUUGUCCAUUUUGCUUAACACAGAGAAGUACUGAUGAAAUAAAAGAGAGCACAGAAACUAAUGAGAAAUAUGUAUAUAUUCAAGAAUGAUUUAAUCUGAGAUCAGAGAAUAGUGUAUUUAGAAGUUUGAGGAAGAGUGAAAUAAAUGCUUCAUUAAAGAAAAAGUGAUCAUUUACAAUUAAUUUGGUUUAUUCUUUUAAAAAUAAUGAAUACAGACAAAAAUGUAAAGAAGACUUCACCAAAUUCAGAAUGAAUGAGGAAUGUAAUAUCUAAUUUCCUGUUAUGUAUUCCUGGUUAUGGAACAGAAAUGGUGGAUUAUGUGUAAUAAAGAAAGAGUCAAUAUUAAAAGGGGUGAUCUUUAUGGCGAGUUUAGGUAAAUUAUCUUGCUGCAGAGCCAAAGUAUUUCUUUUUCUUGGGAAUCUAAGCAUAGACCAGUGCUCUGCUGUUUAUGUUUUACCCUAACCUUGUCAGGGUGUGAGUUGACUGACAGAAAUCCUGCAAUCUUUAUACAUAAGUUGUUCUGAAAGUAAUACCACCUAUUUAUUUCCAUGAAAACUACAAUAGAUACAAAGAGCACAAUAACACUAUCUGAUAGAACAAAUUCUUAGCUACAAAACACUACUUUUUAACAGACUCACCACUACUAGCUAUGCAUUUUCAUCAGUGAUGAACAAGAGCCUACAUGCAGUGCUUGUAAAAAUCUGCACCAGCAGAGGUGACAUUCAUCACUGCUGAACGGCACCACCCACUGCCUCACUGUGCUCACAUCCACUGGUUGGUCUCCAGAAACAUUCAGCAAGCACUGAUGAAUGUCAGUGGGUGCCAUUUUUUUUCCUCAUGGAGGAAUUCAAUGACAUACCUUUGCUUCAUCUGUACUUCCAUAUCAGACUGUCCCUCUGCUGCCUUCUGUCACAUGGAAAAAACAUGUAAUAGGAUACUGAGGUGAAGGUUCAACCUCUCCUGUCACACCACCACCGUCAGCCUCUGUCAUUGUGAACCAACAUAAUAAAAUAGGAGGCAUUACUUUCAGAGCAUCCCUCUUACAAAUAAACAGGUCAAUCAGCCUUGUAGGAACAUGCUCCCGAAAUGCAGGUUGAAGGAUCACUGUCUUC